AUGGCGAGGGGAAUGGAUCCUCCCGAGGAUCCUCCAGAUCGCGACGAGUACGUGCCCAGUAGCGCUGGAGAGGAAGAAGAGGAAGAUGAGGUAGAUGUGGAUGACAUGGUUUUCGAGGAAGAUCAGCGGAACCAGCCACCAUCUCCAAAAGAAGAAGAGCAAAAGGAAGAGCUGGAUGCUGCUGCUCCUGCCGGCGUUACUCGUGCCAGUGCCAGUGCCAGUUCGAGUGGUAAUCGAAGUAGCGAAGGCAGCAGACAGCCGGGUUGGCUGCCAGACGAUAUGCAGUAUUUGAAAGGUGCUGCAGUGGGCCCUACGGAUUCCAUGAUUGGUGGUCCAGGCGCCGUGACGGUAAACCACCCCGUAUCCAGGCCACCCUCUUCCAAUCAACCACCUGCCAAUUUUACGGCGUCGCAGCCCCAGUCACCCUCGCCGGUACCGGAAUCACAGCAGCAAAGGUCUUAUGUCUCUACCAGCCAGCAAUCGCAUACCAGCAGUCGGCCCGCUCCACCCAUCGAAGAGGGAACCAUCCAGUACAGCAUGGGAACGUCCGGUACACAAACAACCAAUGUCACCAGCACGGCGACCGCCUACUCGGGAUUGAAUACCAGCACGGAACAGCAAUCAUCACCCACCAACAACGAAACACCCAUUUUGGCCAAUGCCGAAUUGGUGCAAACGGUAGCCCAGACAGAAGACGAAAACAAACCAAUCAUGGCUCCCGUCGCCGUAGUGGUCAAUCCGCAAGGGGACUGCCUGCCCGAUACCAGUACCCCCGAAGGCCGAAAACUCUGUUUUGGAAUUGUCUUUCUCGUCGUAUUGGCAUUGGGAGUGGUUGCCAUCGUGGCCAUUGUUUGUGCCGGUGGAGGAUGUGCCGCGGGAGGCACCACCACCAGUAGUACCGAGGCUGAUUCGGUCAAAGGUGGUCUAGUCUUUCCUACCGUGGCGCCAACACCCUCUUUUCUCGACCCGUCUGCGGUACCCACUGCGACGCCCAGUACCAAUCCUUCGGCGGUCCCCACAGCACUACAUCACUGGUUCGAUCCUCGCAAAGCUUGA